CUGGCCUUACACGUAUGACAUUGUCGUGACUACAUCGAGCUACGUAGACAAAGCAGACUUUGACACCUUUGCAGGCUUGUCAUUUGUGACAUGCCUCGAGAGAAGUCUGGAUAAUUGUGAGAUUCUUUCAGAGGUAUGCUGUAGUCAGCUCUCACAAAUUUGGGAUUGCGAUGCAGCCACCAAUCUUCAUCGCGGCAGCUGCUUCCAUUGGAAAUUUUCUCCAAGGUUGGGAUAAUGGUGCCAUCGCAGGUUCUUUGCUAUUCAUAAAACCAGCCUUCGACUUGGAAGAAAGUCCGGGACUAGAAGGAACUGUGGCUGCUUCUUCUCUUAUUGGUGCUUUCCUGAGUACACUCUGCUCCGGACCUGGUGCGGAUUGGCUGGGUAGACGCUCAAUCCUGCUCGUGUCGGCAGCUCUCUACAUUCUCGGUUCUUGCGUGACGAUAUGGUCACCCAACGUUGCGGUGCUUGUUCUGGCAAGGCUGCUCGUUGGUGCUGGGAGUGGAAUCUCGGUGACUAUAACUCCAAUCUACAUAGCAGAGCUUUCUCCAGCGGAGAUCCGAGGCCAGCUUUUGACGUAUCCGCAGUUCACGGGUUCCGGAGGUCUUCUUCUUUCGUAUAUCUAUUGCUUCUGCCUCUCGCUGAUGGACACGCCGAAUUGGAGGCUCAUGCUGGGCCUUCUGCUCCUGCCCUCAGUGCUAUUUCUACUUCUGGGAGUUUCCUAUCUGCCAGAGUCUCCGAGAUGGCUUGUUAGCAAGGGAAAGAUGCUGAAAGCAAGGGGCAUUCUACAGAAACUCAGGAACAAGAACGAUGUUGCUCCCGAGCUUGCACUUCUCGUCGAAGGACUCGGCGUUGGAGCAGAUACUUCACUGCAGGAAUGGGUGCUGGAGCCAGCCAGCGAGACCACUUACUCGAGAAAGAGCUCGGUUCUGAGCGCUCCAGAAUCAGGCAUCUCAUGGCUCGCUAUAAGCAAGCCUGCCGAAUCGCUCUCUAGGCACACAACUGCAGAACCCAGCAAACUCCAGUUGGUUGAUCCGGUGGUGACAAUAAUUGGAAGCCUCCAGUCCACACACGACAUCUCGCAAGCAUCAGACACACGCAGCGAAGGUGGUGAUUUUGACGACGAGAAGCCUGAGGAUGAUCAGACGAGUUCCCGUUCCCUUGCAGAAUUUGACGACGAGAUCCUGAAAACACCAUUCAUCAGAAGGAAGUCUGUUGAAGACGAACUUGGACAGAGUGGAAGGUGCCUUUUACAGGAAACUCGAAGUUUCUACGGGAGUUAUACCGGUGGCGAGUCUUUGGUUCCUAGCGUUGGAAUCGGCGGUGGCUGGCAACUGGGGUGGCAGUGGCAAGAACAACAACAGGGAAGCACCAAAGACAAUGUGGUCACCUUCAAAAGAGUUUUUUUGCUGCAAGAUAGUCCCGAGAAAUUGGCAAACUCGCUCCCGGGUGGUGGCGAAGCGAUUCAGGCCGCGGCUCUUGUUGGCCAGCCAGCACAAUCUUGUGGAAGUCUGCUCUCAAAGUCUGCCGUUGGUCCAGCUAUGAUCCAUCCCAUCGAAACAGCUCUACAAGGCCCUGCUUGGUCGGAUCUACUCGAAGGUGGAGUUCAUCGUGCUCUUAUGGUGGCAGUAGUUUUACAAGUCCUCCAACAGCUUAGCGGAAUCAAUGCUGUUCUGUACUACGUUCCACAGAUCCUCCAGCGGUGCGGUGCUGCUCAAAUCCUAGCAAACGCGGGAUUAAACCCAGACUCAGCCUCGAUACUUGGAAGUGGACUAGCGUGUCUCUUGAUGCUGCCUGCGAUCGUGGUGGCCAUGCGACUUAUGGAUCGAACGGGAAGAAGGCGAUUGUUGCUCACGACACUUCCAUUGCUGCUACUCUCGCUAGUGAUGCUGAUUAUCUCCAAUUCCAUACGAAAAGGAGUCGUCCAAUCGACCAUCUCAUUCAUGGGAGUUGUGCUCUACGUGUGCACCUUCGUCAUGGGCUUUGGUCCCAUUCCAAACAUCCUGGCCUCGGAGAUUUUCCCAACGCGAGUUCGUGGAGUGUGCAUUGGGAUCUGCCAGGUGACCAUGUGGAGCUGCAGCAUUUUGCUCACGAACCUCUUCCCAAUGCUGCUGCUGGAGCUGGGAGUGGCGGGGAUCUUUGGCUGCUUUGCGGUGCUUGUUUCGGUGGCGUGGUUCUUCACGCUGUUGAAAGUUCCAGAGACCAAAGGCAUGCCUCUGGAAGUAAUCACGGAGUUCUUCGCAAUGUCUGCCAGGCCCAAAACUCUGGAAGCAAAAGCUUAGGAAUUGUAUGUCACCUUCCAGUAAAGAAAAUUCUUACUGGCUACUAAAUUCAAAUUAAAUUAAAAUAAAGUGUUCUGACCUUA